GAAUGUUUUGCUCUGGCUGUGACUUUGUACUUCGACAGUCUCUAUAUUCGAAUCCUCUUGAAGCUUCAUAAACCAAGAUCGUUGAACCAAAAUUGAAAAUAAGGUUGAUUUAGAUUUAAUAAUUAGAAUUUAGAUCAGGAAAGAAAAGAGAUACAGGGGGUUAUAAGCUUCAUAGAAGUACAUCGGAUUUAGUUUGAUUUAUGUUAAAAAAGGAGGAAAUUCCCUGUGAUCAUGGUUCGGGCAGCACAACGACGAGUCAUCACAUCAACUCCCAAGCCCGGCCGUGGUCCUCCGGCCUCUCCCAGGUUUUCCUCUUCUGUAGACCAAAGUAAAGAUAAUAAGCAAGGUGCUGUGUCUCCGGAAAAAGCAAACCCCAACAGCAAGGAUAAAAGCACUCUUCUUUCUCCAGCGAAUUCUUUUCAAGCCAGCAAGAUGCGCACCCCAAAGAGUAGGAACAAAUCAGAUUCCAGGGAUAGGGAACAGGAGCACAUGGCUGGGAAAAGCUCACAAAAGAAGAAACAGAGAAAACAUGGGGCUGUCUACAAGAGACAGUCAAUUCAAGAAGGAAGGAAGAGCCCAAAGAAGCAGAGGCGUUACCGACCAGGCACUGUGGCACUACGAGAGAUUCGCUUUUAUCAGAAGGGAGGUAAUACACUAGUGCCCAAGCUGCCCUUUUCUCGGCUGAUUCGUGAGAUUCUAGAGAGCUUCCAUCCUAGCCUAAGGAUCCAGAGCUUGGCUCUACAAGCACUACAGGAAGCUGCAGAAGCUUACAUCAUCUCACUCAUGGAGAUGGCUAACUUGUGCAGCAUCCAUGCGAAGCGAGUCACCCUCUAUCCGAAGGACAUACGCCUCGUAAGGAGGAUACGCGGAGACGUAUAAGCUCAAGAAUAUUAUGCUAAAUGUUUUGCUGUGUGUGGUCUGAGUGGUAGAUUAAUAUUGUUAUCCAAAAAUUUAUUGAAACUUUCAUUUUCUUUAUAAUUAAAUGUUUCUUGUUUGAUUUAUAGAAACUUUCAUUUUCUCUAUAACUAUAAGUUUUUUGUUUGAUAUACAAGAGGAAAGGAAGAUGGUAUCACUUUUUAUAAUUUUAGAAUUAAGAAAGGGAAAUAAGUUUUAUCUGAUUUUCUUGCGUUUUUAGUGUAUGCUUUGUUUGGAUGUAUGUCGGAACAGGGAAUAUAUGAAAGUUUUACAUAAGACCGAGUGCGCAUGUUGAUGAGAUUUUCUUUUUAUAAAAAACCUGAAGUAUGUAUCAACCUAUUUUCCUUUUGUAAUUUUAUAGAAAUGUAAUUUCCAAUACAUGAAAAGAGAAGAAAAUAUUCUUGUUUUAU